AUCACACUGGGAAAAUUCUUAUUGGUCCUCAUAGUUCUGCUGUUGUUGUAUGCCAGCUAUAUCUACAACUAUCAGAUGUACUUUAAGCCUCGCUGUAGUAAGCCGUUUGUGCAGAUCGGAGAGAACUGUUAUUUCUUCUCGACCAACAAAGCUCCCUCCUAUGAGUACUACAAGCUGUCGUACAAAGGCAUUACCUUCAGUGUUCCCACUACGCUGGACUGGUUACAUGCCGGCUUCGGUUGCGAGACUCUCGAUGCGGAGGCGCGUGUCGUGAGUGUUGAGAGUCUGCACGAGAUGCGCGCGAUUUCCGAUUAUAUGCGGCAUCAGGCUCACGCCGAGACCAAACCUGCCUUCUGGAGUGGCGGACAUCGUGGCAGAAUGCUGCACAUGAGCAUCGAUAAGCAUACGUUGAAUGAUUUCUAUUGGCACCAUGCCCAGCUACCCAUGAACUACUCGAAUUGGGCGACAGGCGAGCCACAGGACAAAGCAUUCCCCGAAGGAUUUUGCGUCUAUCUGGAAUUUACAGGCUCCGAACUGGUAAUGGGCACUAUGCAUUGUGAUAAGAAAAUGGCAUAUGUUUGCGAGAUACAGCAUCAGUAGACGGCAAGUCUUUGAGGUCGAAAAUAGUUUUGAGUUUUUAUCCUAACUUACCAACAAAUUUUUUUUUGUAAUUAAAUUUAGCUUUAGAUACAUUUUUAGUACAUAAUAAAUAUUAGAAUAAG